AUGUUCGCCAACGCUCUCAGAAUGCAAGCCCGCCUCGCGCUCCUCACAGCCCGUUCCGUUGUUGUUCGACCUGCCAGCACCGUCAUGCGCAUGCCUCUGCAAAUGAGGUUGGGCGCGGUGGCAGUGGGUGCGUCAAGAGCCCUGUCGACGACCCGCGUGCAGCGGUACGAAACUGCCUCUGCACCACCCAGAAACCCACCCGCCAAGACGGUGUGGAUUGGCAAUUUGCCGUUCUUUGUUUCUGAGGAAGAGGUUCGAGAGAAGUUUUCACCGUAUGGGCCUAUUUCGAAUAUUCGAUUGAGCACAGGCCCAGACGGUCGCUCAAAAGGCUUCGGACACAUUGAGUUUGAAUCCCUCGACGACGCUGUCGCAGCCGUCGAGUCGGGAUUGGAAGAGCCCUUCCACCUCGCCGGCCGUGACCUCCGCGUCGACUACGGUGCAGAACGUGCAGGCACCCCCGUUAACAAGCUUUACUUCUCCGGUUUUGUUGGCGAGGAACAGGGAUUGAGGGCGUUGUUUGGCGAGUAUGCGUCUGAGAUUAGGAGUAUUUUCUUCUUGCGCGACAACAUGUCAGGCGAACAUUUACCCACGGGCUUUGUCGAGUUCUCGUCCAUCGCCGUGGCUACUGAGGCGUUGAACAAGAUUGCGGGCGUGGAAACUCCCAAUGGUGCGAGGCUCUCUUUGAACUACGCCAAGCCCCGCCAGCCUGUGCGGACGUAUGGGAGGUCAGGAGGGAACGGGGAAUAUAACAGGGACAACUACACGAAAAAAGCGGGCGGUUAUUAG